AUGAAGCGCUUGUUGUCUUUAAGUACGCGGGUUUAUCGACGAGACUCUGCGCCGUUGCAGCACCGUCUCUUCGCGUCACAAACUCAAAAUUUGACCGGGUUGGAUCGUGAUCGCGAAUUUCUUGUUGCUCUGCAGACAUUUUACCGUCUUGAAGGUCAUUUUACAGUUCCUUACGAGUUUGUCGUGCCCACUCCACCUACCGACGUGGAUGCCGCCGCGUUUCCUUGGCCUCAAGAGACGUGGGGUAUGAACCUUGGCAAUCGUUUGCGUCUCUUCACUCGUGGUCGCUGUGGUCCGUUCAAGUGCGAGUUACUUCGCACCAUUGGAUUCCCAUUCGACGACUGGAAGAGUUACGUCUGGGAGAUGCAAAUUAUUCCAUCACUUAAGGUCUUUCAAGAAAAAGAAGGUCAUCUUUUCGUCCGUCAAAAUUUUCAAGUGCCAAUUGGUGACAACAAGUGGCCACGUGCCGCCUGGGGCGUAAAACUCGGCUCUCAAUGUCAAUUAUUGCGUCGUGACGCUGCUGAUGGUUUGUCAGAGCAACGAAAGCGAGUAUUGGACGCCAUGGGUUUUAUCUGGAGUGAUACUCAAUGGAAGUGGCAAAUGCAGCUUUUGAAAUCCAUGGAACACUACCGAAAAUUUUUUGGACAUUGCUCCGUUCAUAAAUCUUUCGUUGUGCCAUCAAAAGACCCCUUUUGGCCAGAAGUUAGCUGGGGAUAUGGACUUGGACGUGCUAUAUCUAAGGUGAAAGCCAAUAUGGAAGAACAUGCCAUGACGCCGCGGGCUAUGGAAGAUUUGAGGCGAUUAGAUUUUUUUGAGGAAGGACUGGCUCUUAAAGUUUGGCGUGAAGCCUUACUUCCAUGUUUGGAGCUUUAUCCACGUAUGUAUGGAAACACAUUUAUCCAGAGAGACUUUGUCGUUCCCAGUGAGGCUCCAUGGCCAGAACGUGCGUGGAAUAUGAAACUUGGCUACAUCGUCGAAACAAUUAACUCGAACCGCGUUUUUAGAGAUGAGAUGCAUAGUGACAAACCAAAACUGAAAGAACUCGGGUACGCGUGGGAGUCACUUUUUGGAAAAUGGGCCAAAGAUUUUUUGCCGGCUCUGCGACUAUAUAAAGCCAAGUAUCAUCACUGCGACGUACCGUUGUGGUGGGUCGUACCUGCGACAGACGAUUUCUGGCCUUCGACUUUACGUGGCUACCAAUUAGGCAAGAAUGUGGUGCGGGUUCGACGCAAUGGACGCGGAAAUCCUGAUGUCGCCGAUGUAUUGCCGGAAUUGGAAGCUCUUGGCUUUAAAUUUAAUGCGUUUGAAAGCAAUUUUGUUGACCGUAUACUACCUGCCCUUGAAAUGUACGCAGAAAAGUAUGGAGACACGCAUGUACCUCAAGGUUUCAUCGUUCCAUCCAAUGAUACGUGGCCACGUCCGUCGUGGGGAACGAAGCUGGGCCACACUGUACGCAACAUUCGCAACCGACACCAACAUGUACAACAAAUCGAAGUCUACCGCAAUCGUUUGGAGAAAAUUGGAUUUGUGUGGAGUAUCUACAAGUCAACAGCGGCUACGAAACGCGACAUUGUCGAUCCCAGCGUUAAAGUAUUCAAGGAAAUCUAUGGGGAAGACGCAAAAGUACCUCGCAAUUUUGUUGUGCCUGCAGACGAUACACGGUACCUCAAAAUCGCUAAGAACUUUGAGUUAGGCGCGUGGCUUACGCAAUAUAACAAUCGCACGACCGGAUUACUACCGUUUCAAACUCAAGAAAGCAAAAGAAAAGCAGCUGCAAUGUAUGACAAACAUCGACAUGCAUGUGUAAGUGCGCGAGGAGAACUCACGCCAUAUGCGGAGCAAUACUGGAACGACGUUUUGCUGAAAUCGUUUCAAGCUUAUGCUAAGGAACAUGGUAGUUGUGAAGACAUGGACAGUGGCUAUAUUGUACCACAUAAAAAGCCAUAUCCGCAAUCUUCUUGGGGGCUGAAUUUGGGGCUUCGGAUGCGUCAUGUGCGUCACGGCAUUCGCUAUGCGAGGGAAACUACCAAAUACAAAGAAGAGCUGCUAAAUAUUGGAGUGCUCCGAGAUGGAGACAACAUUGGGAUGGCAAAACAGGCUGGCAACAAUGUUAGCUGUAGUGACUUUGACGACGAUGGUAGUGAGGUAAUUGACAAUAGAUACUGCAAGGGUGACGAUGAGUGUGAAGACGAUGAUGAAAGCGACGGGAAUGCGAGCGAUGAAUUGCUAUAA